UCAUUAACAAGUCUAAAAGUGUUCUUCUCUUGAUUCUUCUCAACAUAAAGGUGGUUUUGGUGUUUGGAUUCUUCAGUUUGAUUGUGGAGAUCAAACCAAGCUAAGGUAUCGUUCUUCUUAACAGGAUCUUGUGACACUAUCUUGACCCAGAAAUGAUGCCGAUUGAAAGAACAGUAGAAGAAAGCUUUGAAGAAGAAGCAAGAAAAGCAAAAGAAACGGCUGUAGAGAAGCACAAAGCGGGUGAUCUUGUUGGAGCGAAGGAAUUUGCUGCCAAAGCAAAAGAUCUUGAUCCUAAACUUGGUGGUCUUCUCCGUCUCAGUGCAGUUCUUGAUGUGCAGAUCGCUUUCGCGAAGAAAAUCAACGGUGAAUUAACUGACUGGUAUGCUGUUUUAGCGGUUGACCCAACUGCGGAUCAUGAAACUAUCCUAAACGGUUACAAGAAACUCGUUUUUGACAUCAUCUACGACGUUGACGACACUGUGGGAUAUGAUGAAGCAAACAAGAUAUUGGCUGAAGCAUGGAACUGCAUGUUUAGUGAAAGAAGGAAGAAAGCUUACGACAGGAGCCGCAAGAUCAACAUAUCCCUACAAAAUGGUGGGAGACGUGAUGAACUCGUGAUGUCUCCACCUCUGGUUGAAAAGCCUAAGAGUACAAUCAAAGUGAGCCUUGACAGGUGGGCAUCAGCUGAAGAAACUAACCCUAUUCAUUGUGAGAUAGUUCCAGCUUCUGAUUUCCUUAAGUUCGACAAGGAAAGAGUUGGCGAGAAUCAGGUGUGGGCUGCUUAUGAUGACGACGGGAUGCCCCGGUAUUACGCAAUGAUACAUAGUAUUGUCUCUCGAGAACCGAUGACGCUGUGUGUUUCUUGGCUGGAUGCUAUGAACGGUGAUGAACCAGUUACAGUGAAGUGAUUGAAUGCAGGGUUUUGUAUGACAGCUGGACGCUUCUCUAUCGGGGAAGGACGUUUCAACACUGAGUAUUCUAAAGCGUUCUCUCAUAAAAUGAAGUUUACAAAAGAUGAGGCAGGGUUUGUUCACAUCUAUCCGAAGAAAGGUGAGGUUUGGGCUACGUAUGCAAACUGGUCACCAAAUUGGGACGACGAUGAUGAUAUGAGUAUGUAUGAGAUUGUUGAAGUGGUUGAAGACUUUGACGAAGAAAUAGGUUCGAGGGUUUUGCCGCUGAUUAAAGUCCGUGGAUACAAAACUGUCUUUCGUCGCGAUACAAAUCCGUGGGCAAUCUCGACUAAAGAGCUGCUUAGGUUCUCACAUCAGCUGCUCUAUCAUGAUCUUACAGAUGAAGAAGAUGAGAAUCUUCCUAAAGAUUGCUUGGAGCUUGAUCCUGGUGCUUUGCCAUGGGAUCUUCUCGAGGGACUUAGUGGUUAGGUCAAGGUCGUCGUCACUCAAGUUUGAAACCCUGCUUUUUUUUUUUUACUUUAAAUUUGAUUCAAGAAAAUUCUGUUAAGUCAGUAUCAGUUUUGUACUGAUUCAGUGAACUUAUCUUUGCUUUUUUUUAUUUUGUUUUUGAAUGGUGUUUGGUGCUCCUAGCAUAUGGUUGUGUACAUGUCUUUAAGCAGGGUUUUUUAUUUAUUAAAUAAUUGGAAUUA